UUUUAAAUUUGCAAUUGUAAAAAUAUUUACAUAACUUGCAUUUUUAACUUAUAAUUAUGUAUAUAACUUGGGAUUUUGCCACAAGAGGUAUUUAUUGCCAAGGCAUCUGAUAGAGUUCAUCACAAACAGCUGAUCGUGACAGGUGUCUUCCAAAAUUUCAGAACUAAACAUUGUGUAAAGUAGAAUCACAUUUGCGGCAAUUCUUUAUUAUCUUUUUCAUAGUUGCAUCAAAAAUGCGUAUUUAGUGAAAUCUGUGAAAAUAAUUAAAAAAUGUCAAGCUUAUCGAACGUAUCAGUGAUAUAAGUCAAUAGCAUAUAACUUGGAUUAACAAAGUAACAGAGUUUGUUGAAAGGAAAUUAUCAUAUCAAGUAUCAAAAGAAAUCAUCUGUGAAAUGUCUAUCAAUAUAGACAUAAAAUUAAAACGCGCAAGCAAGAUAUAUCACGAGGGGGAAGUGGUUGCUGGUCUUAUAAUGUUAAAAACUAAUUCUGAUGUAAAGCACGAUGGUAUAUUUCUUACUAUGGAAGGUUUAGUAAACUUGCAGCUUAGUUCAAAAAAUGUUGGUAUUUUUGAAGCAUUUUAUAAUUCUGUUAAGCCAAUACAAUUAGUGCAAUACACAUUGGAUGUUGCUCCAUCAGGCAAGAUUCCAAGUGGUAAAACAGAAAUACCAUUCGAAUUACCAUUAAAACCAAGAGGAAGUAAAUCUCUUUAUGAAACAUACCAUGGUGUUUUUGUAAAUAUACAAUACUUGAUACGUUGUGAUAUAAAAAGAAGUUUUCUUGCAAAAGACGUGAGCAAGUCAUUGGAGUUUAUAGUUGAAGACAAACCAAAUACUAAAGUAGAGAAAGAGCACAGUAAAAUCGUAUUCUUCAAAAUAAUGCCAGAGUCUUUACAAAAUACUAGGGACAGACCUAAUGUGCCAAGAUUUUGUAUUUCGGGAAGAUUAGACUCUCUGUAUUGCAAAAUCUCUGAACCCUUAACUGGUGAAGUAAUAAUUGAACAUUGUGAAGCUGUUAUAAAAUCCAUAGAAUUGCAGUUAGUAAGAGUAGAAACUUGUGGAUGUGCAGAAGGAUAUUCCAGAGAUGCGACAGAGAUACAAAAUAUACAAAUUGGUGAGGGAAAUGCUUGCACAAAUCUCGCUAUUCCAAUCUAUAUGAUAUUUCCAAGAUUGUUUACAUGUCCUACUUUAAGUACAAGCAACUUUAAAGUUGAAUUUGAGGUAAAUCUUAUCAUUGUUUUCGAAGACGAUUAUUUGGUCACUGAGAACUUUCCUAUUAUACUCUCAAGAUAUUGAGAAUUAAAUCGUCCAAUAAAGCCAUACAAAGAAAAUUGUUUUGUAAAAUACUAUUUGUAAAUUUUUAUCAAAUAAAAUGUUUAGCUAUUUAUAUAAACACAUUCACACACAUUCUUAAAUAUAUGUAAAAAAUGCAUAUAAAAGACAUUCUUCAUAUAUCUUCAUUUUGUGAACACGUUCAUUAUAUUUGAUGUAAUUAACAUGUAAAAAGCUAAAUGCUAGCAAUAUAAAUUAAGGAAAAACAAUUUUUUUAAUAUUUCACUUAUUUCAGAUUUCGAAAAAAAAUUUUUUAUAUGUAUUGUUUUAGCAUUUAUAGCCU